UAAUGAGCUUGUCAGAGAGUUCACGAGAAUCUCUUAGGAGGCUUUCAUCAUUCACAUGGAUGGCUGAGGAGUUACUCCAAGUUACAGAUUAUUACCUCCCCAGGAGACCAAGUGUAUCAUGUGUGCAUACACAAAUCCUAGAGAUUGGUCAACCUGGCAAUGGAGCAGCAACUGCUAUAACAUUCUUUAGAGGGCAGCUCUUUGUUGGUUAUUUCGAUGGCACCAUCAGGGCAUGGGAUAUAAAAGGCCAGCGGGCAGUAAUCAGCAGAGAGGUUAAAGAGCACAAGAAAGCAGUCACCUGUUUUGCACUAUCAGAAUCUGGAGAAAAUCUCUUGAGCGGAUCUGCUGACAAAUCUAUUCGGGUAUGGAAAAUGGCACAGCGUAAGCUUGAGUGUGUUGAGGUGAUUCGAAUGAAAGAUGCUGUGCAGAAGUUUGGUAUAUAUGGUGACAAAAUAAUUGUGCUUACACAGAAAAAGGUUCUCAAGUUCUCUUGUUCAGCAAGAAGUACCCAGACAUUUUACAAGAGCAAGCAUGUAAAGUCUCUAGCUCUUUUUCAGGGCAAAGCUUACCUCGGCUGCGGAGACUUGAGUAUACAGGAACUAGAUGUAUCAGUAGAAUCGAAGAUUGAGAUAAGGGCACCUACAAGAAGCUGGAGAAUCAGUAAGCAAUCCAUUAGCUCCAUUGUAGUAUAUAAAGAUUGGAUGUACUGUGCUGGUUCUCAAGUGGAGGGAUCUGCCAUGAAGGACUGGAAAAAACGAUGCAAGCCUGCAAUGACAAUGCCAAUAUCAAAGGGAACAAACGUAGAUGCAAUGGCAGUGGUGGAGGACUUCAUCUACUUGACCUGCAAUAAAAGCCCUAGUAUCAUCCAGAUAUGGUUGAGAGAGAAGCAGCAGAAAGUUGGAAGGCUAUCUGCAGGGAGCAAGAUAACGAGCAUCUUCGCCGCAAAUGACAUCAUUUUCUGUGGAACUGAAACUGGGUUAAUUAAGGCAUGGAUCCCUUUGUGAAUGUCACAAAAGAGACAUAACAGAACAGAACAUGGAUUAAAUUGUAAAUGCAAAGCGUGUACAAAGAACAUGGAAAUUAAGGAAGGCAUACAGUUUGGGCGUACAAGGCACUCUCCAGCGGACACAGCAUCAGAGAUAGUGUUUUUCCUGCUUCGCGGUUCACAAUGCCUCAUAUGGUCGUACCUUCAAAAUGUAAAUAGU